UUAUCAAGAAUGGAGAAAGCUCUCACAUUAAUAAAUCUCCUAGGACUUGAUCCUCGAAAAUUUUCAAAAUUUCGCUCAAUUUUCUGUUUUGCRUGUCUAGUGUUAAUUUSUAUUUCAAGUCACUUGGAACUGUUUCUAAAUUUCAAAGGCCUUGAAACGUGUGAAAGAGCAUCUGAAUCUAUCAUUCCUCAAUACCAGACACUAUUCAAAAUGGUGUCAUUUAUCCUGUAUAAAAAAGAAAUGAUAAAACUGAUCCAAGAGUUUAAGUGMUUUUGGAAGUUGCAACAAUURGGUGGCUACGACGCUAAAAAUGUGCUAYCAACGUAUAAUUUUUUCCACAUAAUUUUUUACCUUUAUGUAGUUAUAUUAGGUUUAACUUGUGCUGUGUUCGCGCUUGUAAAUUUUAUUUUCAAGCCCGYAAAACCAAUUUCGCUGUGUUAUGGAGAGUCRGAGGGACUUGAAAGUCCUUAUUUUGAAAUUUAUCUCGUUUUGCAGUCGGUUGUGGUUGUGAUAAUUUUUGUGGGAAUAGCAGGGUAUGACACCCWUUUUCUUUAUUACGUUGGGCAAGUUUGUGUGCAGUUCAAAAUACUGAAAAUUGCUUUUGGAAAACAUCACACAAGUGACGAGUUUCUAGAAGUGGUCAAACAUCACAUUUUUUUGUUGAAAUACYUCGACAAACUUAACGUGAUUUAUUCACCUUUUUUUCUAUUUCAAUACUUUUCCAGUCUUUUUGGGAUCUGUUUUGGACUAUUCUUAAUCACAAAGCAGGGUUUGCCAACAGAACCGGAUCGACUUUGCAAAUAUUUYCCUUAUAUUUUUUCGUUUACAAUGCAGUCUUUUYCGUUUUCGAUGACUGGCAGUUUAUUGUCUGAUUCGUCCAUGGACAUUUCGAAUGAAAUUUUUUACGCCACUUGGACUASAGAAAARUUUUCUAUAGAUAAAARUUCAAGACUUAUAAUUAUGAGUCGGACACAAAAGCCGGCUAAAUUAACUAUUGGGAAAUUCCUCGACUUGAAUUUGAGAGCUUUUAUACUGUUGAUGAGAAGUGCAUUUUCAUUUUUUGCUUUUGUGAAUAAUGUCUUGAAUCMAAUUGAUUAA